AUGCUCGUCGACAGCACCCUCUCGUGGCGCGGCCAAGGGGCAAAGUCGGGGAUCCUGGUGGCGGUGCUGCUGGUGUGGGAGCUGCCGACGGAGGAGGUGUGUGCGCGCCAGCUGUGGCACUACCUGCUGGGCUACGUGGCGCUGCUGGCCGGCUGCCUGCUGCUCGAGGCGCUCAUCUCGGCCGUCGCCAUGCGCGGCUCCAUCCUCGACACCGAGGCGCGCGCCUCCAUGCAGUACCUGCUCUACGUCAGGCUCGGAAUCAUGUGCCUGGAGCUGAUCUGGCUGGUGGCCGGGGUCGUUUGGCUGGCCUACCACUACCGGCAGUGCCCCGCCCACUCUGCCAAGGAGGUCGCCCUAGGUCUGGUGAUCUGCAACUGGUGCGUCCUCCUCAGCAUCCUGAUGACCGUGUGGUGCACAUUCGAUGCGGCGGGCCGCUCCUGGGUCAAGAUGAAGGAGUACCAGCGCAGUACCAGGGACGCAGACUCCAGGAGGCCCUACCGCCGCUCCACCAGCACCAGCCGCAACUGGAGGCAGAGGAAGGUGAUCCGGGCGUACCAAGACAGCUGGAAUCACCGGUGUAGACUGCUCUUCUGCUGCAUGGGGAACAGCGACAGGAACCGGAACUCGUUCGCGGACAUCGCGCGUCUGCUGUCCGAGUUCUUCCGCGACCUGGACGUGGUGCCUUCCGACGUGGUGGCCGGCCUGGUGCUGCUCAGGAAGUUCCAGAAGAUCGAGCGCGAAGCCGUCGUCAAGGAGCGCAGGAACGACACGUACGAGUUCCUGUCCGGGGUGCCGGUGACGCCGGCCACGCAGUUCGUCGCGCUGACCGAGGCGGCCGACCUGGGCCGCUUCCAGGACGCCGUCCACUACAUGCACUUCGCGCUCGCAGCCUACGGCUGGCCCAUGUUCCUCGUCACCUACAGCGCCACCGGCGUCUGCCAGCUCUGCGCCUCCAUCAGGUGUUCUUGCCUGUGGUGCUCGCCGCCCAAGGACCCGGCGGUCAUCGUCGAGGACAACUGCUGCCGCUGCAACUACGCGGCGCUGCGGCGCAUGGUGGACGUGGGCGACGUCGCCGUCGUGUACGCCACCUACCACGUCGACGUCGGCGAGACGCCCUUCUUCGUCGCCGUCGACUACACCAAGCGCAAGGUCGUCAUCAGCAUACGAGGCACCCUGUCGCUCCAGGACGUGAUCACGGACCUGAACGCUGAGGGUGAGCCGCUGCCGCUGGACCCGGUUCGCGAAGACUGGCUGGGUCACAAGGGCAUGGUGCAGGCGGCCGAAUACAUCCGGCAGAAGCUGCGCGAGGAGUGCAUCCUGGAGGCUGCGUUCGGGCACGACCCGGAGCGCGGGUCUGCCGGCUUCGAGCUGGUGCUGGUGGGCCACAGCCUGGGCGCCGGCACCGCCGCCAUCCUGGCCAUCCUGCUGCGCCAGCACCACCCCACGCUCACCUGCUUCGCCUACUCGCCGCCCGGCGGCACGCUCAGCAUGCCCGCCGCGGAGCACAGCAAGCAGUUCAUCACGUCCGUGGUGGUGGGCAAGGACGUGGUACCGCGCAUCGGCCUCCACCAGCUGGAGUCGCUACGCGCCGACCUCAUCAACACCAUCAAGCGCAGCAAGGACCCCAAGUGGAAGACCAUCUUCUGCAGCGCGGUGUGCUGCGGCUGCGCGCCGAUGCCGACGUCGGCGGCGGAGCUGCAGGGCGACUCCAGCCUGUGCGAGUACCGGCGCGAGCGGCAGGCGGCGCGGGCGGCGGGGGCGGCCGCCGUCCACCCCUCCGACCCCAGCAUCGCGCUCACCGUGCACCAGCCGCUCUACCCGCCGGGCCGCAUCAUACACGUGGUGCGGCACCACCCCUCCAAGGGAGAGCAGAAAUAUGAGAAGCGAUGGAGGCAGGUGCUGAACAAGCACGAGCCUGUCUACCAGGCCGUGUGGGCGAACACGACUGACUUUGAUGAGGUCCUCAUCUCACCAGUCAUGAUACAGGACCACAUGCCUGAUAACGUGCUUGAUGCUCUCAAUAAGGUUAUAACGACGGUGGGGCCGGCCAAGCCGCGGCGGGCGUCGGCGUGCGCGUCGUCGACGCCGGCCGAGCACCUGCAGCCGCUGCUGGCCGCCGCCCCCGCCGCCUCCGCCCCCGCCGCCGCCGCCGCCGCCCCCGCGACCUCGCCCGGCUCGCCCAAGGCGUCGACGCCGCCGCACCGGCUGUGCCUCGAGACGAGCUUCACGUCGCUGCAGAGCCCCGGCUCGGAGCCGCAGCAGCUGCAGCUGCAGGCCGCACCGGACGCCGCGUCGCUGCCCUGCGGCCGGCAGAGCGCCGCCACCGCGGGGCCGCUCGGCUGGGAGUUCCCCGCGCUGCUGCUGCACGACGACCAGGUGACGAUCCCGGCGCAGGACGGCCUGCACGACGAGUGGUUCGGGCUGGCGCCGCUGGCCACCCCCGAGUCGCUGUCCGAGGUGUCGAGCAUCAGCUCGCGCGCCAGCUGGCUGCUCGCCGACGGGCCCGCGCCGCCCCCGCCGCCCCCGCCCUCCGCCUCGACGCCCAGCGCCUCCGCCGCCUCGGCGGCCACCCGGCCGGCCACCUCGUCGGCCGACGACCUGAGCUUCGCGUCGGCGCGCCAGACGACGGCGACGGCCACCUCGAGCGACGACUGGGAGCGCACCAGCGGCCGGCGCACCUCCAGCGAGGCCUUCCUCAGCGUGCGCGGCACGCCCUCCUCCUCCGACGACUCGGUGAGUACCCCAGCAGGCGGCGCAGGCACCAGCUGCACGAACCACUUGUGA